AAACAAGGAACCGCGGUCUCCGUCCAAGUUUGGGUCUUGUUGAACUUUGGUUGCUUCAUAGUUAUGGCGGCCUCCAGCAGCGGUUUGGACCAUGGUGUAGAUCCUGAAAUCCCGGAGGUUUCUGGAGACCGCUACUUGAACGUGCUUGAUCAGGAUGAGGUGCAAGCAUUUUGGCGUGAAGCUGGUGUCCGUGGAGGGAGUGGCGACCCAUGUUUUAACGUUGACUGGGCUGCUGCAGGGAAGGAAGUCGUGGAUCACCCAAGAGUCAAAGAACUUUGCCAAGCUCAAGCAGCAAGAGGCGGACAGCGGGCAGCAGCAGCGAUGCGGCAGCGUGCAGCAGCUUUGGCAAAUGAACUGGCAGCUUCAGUUGAAACGAGGGUUGCACACUUCACCUCUGCAUUGGCCCGAUUCAUGUUUGAGCGACUGUACUCCGGGUUGAUCUUCGAGCGAGAGCAGCUGACUGCACUUGCGCAUUUGAGUAUGCGAGCUCAACAAGAAGGUCGUAGCAUAGUAUAUUUGCCCAGUCAUAAGAGCCACAUUGACUACCUCGUUUUACAGUUUUCACUUUGGAAUUUGGGAUUGGGUGCGCCUGCCAUUGCAGCUGGCGAAAAUCUGAAUCUUCCAGUCGUUGGCUCGCUGCUACGUCGGAACGGAGCUUUCUACAUCCGCAGGAGCUUCAGUGGUGAAGACAGCGAGUUGUACACCACGGUGGUGGCUGCGUACUUGGAGGGCUUGCUUUGUCGAGGAGCCAAUGUCAAGUUCUUUUCAGAGGGUGGCCGCAGCCGCAGCGGCAAACUGCUACAACCCAAGAUUGGCUUGCUGGGAAUGGUGGUAGAUCCAAUCCUUCGUGGCAUCGUUGAGGAUGCCUACAUCGUGCCAGUUUCUAUCUACUAUGAUGGAGUGAUGGAAACUGAGAGCUAUGUGAGGGAACUCUUGGGAAGUGCCAAGAGGAAGGAAAGCCUUAUAGGGGUGCUGGGACAAGGAAAACACUUAUUAGCAAUGCCCCGCUCACGUUAUGGUAAUAUUCAUGUCCGAUUUGCACCUGGAUUCAGUGCCAGAAGCUACAUUGAGAACUACACUGCGUUGCAGCGGCAAUCCUCUGUUCACAGGGCGAACUUUGACCCUCAAAGCUCUGCAAGCGAGAAGGGAAUCCUUUUAAAGGCGCUUGCUUACCACGUUUUGGAGGAGAUCAACCGUGUUUCAAGUGUGACCCCUACUGCAUUGGUCGGUACUGUGCUUCUUUGCACACAGGGCCGUGGAAUUGGCCGAAGAGCCUUAAUCAGCAAAGUUGAAUGGCUUCGUGGCGAGGUGGUGCGAUCUGGAGGACACAUGUCGCGGUUUUAUGACUUUCCUGGUGAACUGACAGCUGAAGUGGUUGACUCUGCUUUGGGGGUGCUGGGAAAUCUUGUGCAAACAUUCACAGGUUUGGUGGAGCCUGUCUACUGCGUUGCACCGGGAAUGAGCUUUGAGCUGUCCUACUACAGGAACCUAUGUGUGCACGUCUUCAUCCACCAGGCGAUCGUGACAGCAGUUCUGCAUCGAGCAGUCCAGAGGCAGCCAAAUGUUCGACGAGUUGAGCGAACCAGUAUCAUGUCGGAUGUGCGUUUUUUGAGCAGACUCCUUAAGCGUGAAUUUGUGUUCUCCGGUGCAGCUACACCAAAUUCAAGCGUGCGUCCGCAAGCGGUGGCUGGAGAACAGCACUGGGGUCAGGAAAACUCAACUGCUUUGAUGCGGAAUUUUGAGUCGGCUCUUGAACUUUUGGUGUCGGAGGGCGUAAUAGAGUUUUGCGAUGAAGGUGGUGCAAUUUCUUUAGAGCAGUACUGCCAAGCCCAGGAGAUGGGAGGCUAUGAUCACUGGAACAAGCACUUUACCUUCUUGUGCUCGCUGGUGUGGCCCCUGAUAGAAAGCUACUGGCUGGUUUUGGCAUCACUUCUGUAUAUAUUCCGUCACGGCCUUGUAAUCAUUGGAGAACGCCAAGCGGUGGCCUGCAUGCAGACCUUUGCCAAGACUUUAGUCCACACUGGUCAUGUCCAGUACGACGAGGCUGCCUCUGCCGAGCCCCUGAAGUUCGCACUGCAAACCUACGGGGAGCUGGGAAUCGUUCGCUGGGCACGCAGAACCGGAGAACAAGGGGAACAAAUCGUGGCUUUGGAGCUAGAGCCGGAAUACAGAGGGAAUGAAGGCGACAAGUUCGGCGAGCUUACUCGACUAACCAAUGCCGUUGCCUCGUAUCGCCGAUGUUGGCGAGAGCAGGAGGGCCCCGAAGAUUUUCCGGACUACGUGGCCAGAAUGGCCUUCUCGUCUCGGCUUUGAGCCACAAUGGGGAGGAGGUUCAUGAUUUCUUUAGGUAUUCAUUGCCUAUGUCAAUGUGCUGUGCUAAACUUUGUGAAUUCGUUGCCUGUUUUGGAUGGUCUCUGCAAGCUGGCAGAGGAACAUCUUAGUUGCUUUAAGUCACCAACUCAAAUUGGAGCAGAGGCGUCAAAGACCCCAUUUUGGAGACUUUUCAGAUUGGAAGGUGUGGAGUCAUGAGCCAUUUGGCUUGGCCUCCGAUCACUUUUUUCUGUUCAAAUGACUCCGGGGUCUGAGGAAUUUAGCUGGAA